AUGGGGAUUGGAACACUAAGUAUUUUCACCACAAAGCUUCUGCUAGGAGGAAGAAGAAUGAAAUCUGGGGGCGUAAAGACUGUCAAGGUUGCUGAUAUGAUUGAUAAGGUGACCACCUAUAUUGAGAAAAAGGUUCCUGAGCAUGUUAACGAGAUGCUGCUAGCAGACUUUAGUGAGGAAGAUGUGAAAGAUAAUGCUAUUAUAGGCUUUGAAGGCCUCCACUGUAUAUGCAAGAACAGAUUUGGGAAUGGUAAAAAAUUGGCCUUGAAGCUUGACAUGGCAAAGGCUUAUGACAAGGUGGAGUCAUGUUUUGUGGAAGAGGUAAUGCUGAAGUUGGGGUACAAGAAAGAGUGGGUGGAUAAAAUUAUGAGGUGUGUUAGAAUAGUGAGCAUCUCUUUUCUGAUCAAUGGGAGUGUCAAAGGAAAGGUGAUCCCUAAUAGAGAAUUGGGUGGUAAGUUGAGAGGUCUUGUUUUUGGAAGGAUCAAUGUUUCAGUUUCUCACUUGUUCUUUGUGAAUGACAGUCCUGUUUUCAUGAAGGCUAAUGAUGACAAGUGCAACACCUUUAAAGAGAUUCUGACGGCUUACUCAAACGCUUUAGGGCAAUUGAUUAAUUUGGAUAAGUCGGAUGUGAGUUUCGACAAGUUGAUCCCUUUAUUUGAGAGAAGAAUACUUGCCAAUCUUCUUAAUGUCAAUCUUGUUGAAAGUCACAUAAAAUACUUAGGGCGCCGACCUUUUGUCGAAAGGAAUAAAAAAGAAAUCUUUGGGGGAAUCAAAGAUAGGGUUUGGAAGAGACUUACGGGGUGGAAAAGGUCAAUGUUCUCGUCUGCUAGGAAGGAGGUACUUAUCAAAGCCAUCAUCCAAGCCAUCCAGACUUAUGUCAUAAGCUAUUUCAAAUUCCUAAAGAUUAUCAUCCAAAGCCUUCAUGGAAUGGUUGGGCGCUUUUGGUGGGGUUCAACUAAGAAGAAAAGGAAAAUUCACUGGCAUCAUGACAAUGAUCAGAGUUUGAAAGCUUUAUAUUGA